AUGCUAUCAAAUAGAGUACUACUUCAAAGCAUAACAAAGAAAGUUGAGGAGGCUGAGUUGACAGGUAUCUCCCCAUCAUUAUCUAAAUCUACUAUAAAAAAUAAAGUUCGGCCGGGAACUAAUAAAACUCCCAUAGAAGAUGCGUUUGGUAUGGUUGAACGUAUUGAGGUUGACAAAGCAAUAGUUCGUUUUCUUUGUGCUAAUGGAAUUCCAUUCAAUGUACUAAGAAGUCCAAAAUUUUCUUAUAUGACAAAAGCCUUGACUCAUGCUCCCAAGGACUACAAGCCUCUAUCGGCUGAUAGAGCUAGAACAUCCUUACUUGAUGAAGUCAAGCGGGAUGUGGAGAAGGAAUUAGCUCCAAUUAAAGACGCUUGGGCUACACAAGGAACUUCAGUCAUUUUAGAUGGAUGGACAAAUGUGAAGCGUGAACCACUAACUAACGUGGUUGCAUCCAAUAGUCGUGGUUCUAUGUUUCUAUACGCGGACGACUUCACGGGGUUGGAAAAAACAGGAAAGGCCAUAGCUGAAUAUCUACUUACUGCAAUUGAAGAAGUUGGGCCGUCAAAUGUCUUGCAAGUUAUCACUGACAAUGCAGCUAAUUGCACAUUUUUUGGUCCCCUUGUGUGUGAAACUUAUGUUAAAGGGAAAAAUAUUGUGAAGUAUUUUUUAAAUCAUACUCAUGCUCAUGCCAUUUUUAAAUCACAAUCUGGACUGGAAUUACUGAAAGUAGCAAAAACUAGGUUUGCUUCUCAUUAUUUGUUGUUGAAAAUACUACCACAAUGUAGAGAAUCAUUAGCAACUACUAUAGUCAUGCGGGCUUGGAAAGAUUGGAUUACUUCGGGGGAUGAAAAAACAAGAGCGUUAGGGAAAGAAGUUGCUGCCACUAUUAGUGAUGAAGGUUUUUUGGAGGAAGUUGAUAAUAUUUUGGCAAUCACAAAACCAAUUUAUUUGAUGAUUAAAUUUGCUGAUGGUGAAGGGCAAAAGAUGGGUGAGGUUUAUGAAAAGAUGGAUUGUAUGAUUAGGGAGAUAGGAGAUGUAAUGAAAGAAAACAAGCAUAAAGAUGACAGUGACAAAAUGAGAUUUGCACUAAACCCUUUUCUUUAUGAUGCAAAGUACUUGGAAACUCUGGCUCCGGGAGGGGAGGCUAGGAGAGCACCAAAUUUUGACAGAGAAGUUGUUGAUGGUGUUUUAAAGGCAUUUGAUAAAAUAGGGGAGAGUGAAGAAGAAAAAAGACUACUCCUUGAACAGUUGGCUAAAUUCCAAGCUAAGGAAGGUAUUUUUGGGUCACUUGCUGCCAAAAUUGAUGCUGUAACAAUGUCUCCUAUUUCUUGGUGGUCCACUUAUGGAACGGAGGCACCCGAAUUAGCUGAAAUUGCCAUUAAAGUUUUGUCACAGCCCAUUAGUAGUUCUUCUGCAGAGAGGGUUGUGGAGCACAUACUCAUUUAUUCACAAUGGGCUGUGACAAAUUAUCUGAAGCAGAAGCCUUGGUGGGAGAAGCAGGAUCCUUUGAGGCCUUUGUUACCCGAAGAAGUGCAAGCCGCUCAAACUGCCGCGGACGUGACCAGAGCGAUUAACUCCCUAGAAAGGGGUGAAGGGACUUCUGGUGCUGCUGAGGCGCAGCCGAAGACUUUGUAUGAGGAAGAGGGCAGAAGGAGAGAUGAUCUUUCGGAAUUUGAGUCUUCGGAUUUUGACGACAUGGAUGAUCAACCUCUAAAGCAGAGGAAGAGAAGAAGGACGGGCCCAGCUGUAGUGGGUCCGGGAGACUUUACGCUAAGGCCGAUGCCUGGCGUCGUAAUAAGGGAGCCUGUCGCUGGCCGAGGCAGGGUUCCCAGAGGUACGGAGGGUCCUCCGCCCCCUACCUAG